GUAUUUUUAAAAAACUGCCAUCACUACACUUUUUUUGAAUUGAAUCAAAUUUUUUUGGUUGGUUACAGAAAGAAAAACACGUACAAAUUCCACAAUCUAAGACAAUAUUAACAACAAUUCAGAUUGCUUUAGAUGCAAAUAAAACUGCAAAAUUCGUCAUAACUUUGUUUUUUUUUUUUUUCGAUUUUAGGGGUAAUUUAAACGACUGUCCGUCCAACUCUUAAAAUGAAAUUGGGUCAAGAAAUUUAAACUUUGUUUCAUUUUCAUAUUUUUGCAACCAAAAAUUUUAGAAUUAAAAAAGGAUUUUUUUUGUGAACAUAUUUAUGUUUAUUGCCCGAUUCCUUUAAGUUAAAGAAAAACAUAUUAUAAAUAAUAAAAUAAACAUGAAACCAUUCUUCCCGAAAAAAAAAUAAUUUAAACAGUUAAUUGUUCGAUAAUAUGACGAUAUAAUUAUUACUAUUACAAUUCCUAGCAAGAACCUACCAUUCAAAAUAUGGUUAAGAGGUCAACAAAAGCGAUGGUACACCAUGCGUCUUGUUUCAGCAUAUACAUAUAUGUACAUAUGUACAAAUCAACAUAAGCGGGGAUUGUUGUAUUAAAUUAGGCGUCGGAAAUUAUUCUUAGAGAAUUGCAUGUGCGUAGUUAUUAUUUUUUUCUUAAAAUACAUUCAUUCAUAAAUUAUCGUAGUUCCAGAAAUUCAUACGCAUAUACCUAGAAUUACAUUAACUUGUUUAUUUGCAUGAUUUAAAAAUGUGUACAUUCAGCAAACUGAUUCUUCCUUUUACGCAAGGAAAAUAAUUACAAACAAAUUAUUAAUAAAAAUGUUUUAUAAAUUAGAAAGUUUGAGCAUAACGCAGAAACUAUUUUAAGGUGUAUAGACAUAUAUGUAUAUGAAAUGUCCCUUUAUUAUCAUUAAUUAGUAUAUAUGUUUCCAUACUUGAAUUCGGAACACGAGGAAAAGAAUAAAAGUUAAUACGAAGUCUAACAAAGCAAGAGUCUAUUUUUAAUUGAGUGAUUUGUAAACAAUUUUGUACUUUAAUAUUUUUUUUAUAAUUUAUGAUUCAGUUCUUAAUUAAAAUGUUUUGUUUAAUAAAUUUGUUUAUAAGCACAUAAUAUUAUUAUAAUUUAUUAUAUCAAGUUUUACUUCAUUCAAGAAGAGAGAUAAUGUUCUUCUUUCUACGUCCAUGAAAAAAUGUGUAAAUAUAAUAAGUUAAGUUGCACAAGAUCUAAGAACCUGUACUCAUUCCGGUAUGUGAAAGUAGUACGAGUACCACUGACAUUGAAACAACAUGCACAGAAAAAGCACAAGUAAGAAAUACAUUAGAGAGUUAGGAAGUAAAAAAGAAAUGUGCAAUCAAUACUUAUCUUUCAAUUUUCUGUUGAAGCCGUGUCUGAUAGUUCAUGAAAAGGGAAUGAUUUUUGAAACUGCACAAAUUUAAUCGAAGAGUUGUAAAAUCAUGCUUUUUUAUUUGUGGAUAGUGUGUAUUACAUGGGACAUCAGCCUCUUGUCCGUGGACGCUGAUGUUAGAGGCAAUUCAUGGCAUUUAUUUAAAAAUAUCGAUAUUUGGAGUUCCGCAAACGAUUCGAAGAAUAUAAAAGACGGUAAAUACUUUCUAUUUGGAAAAAAUACGUUAUUAAAACAGGCGGAUAUUAAUAAGAGGAGAGAAAAAGUGUUUCAUUUGUUUCCGGUUCCUGUGGAUGGAGAGUGUCUUUCGAAUGAUGGCAGAAGAACUGGGGUAUGUGUAAAUGUAUACGAAUGUCGUUUAAAAGGAGGGAUUGCCCAGGGCGAAUGUUCCAUGGGAUUUGGUGUAUGUUGCAUAUUCUUAGCUACUUGUGACCAGACCAUACGCAACAAUAUAACGUAUUUGGUAUCGCCAAAUUUUCCCAGCUCAAUGCCUCAAAACUUCACUUCCUGCAAGUACAAGCUUAAACUGAUGGACUCAAAUGUGAGUCAAAUACGCAUUGACUUUAAUCAUUUCUCACUUGGACAGCCUAAUAGAAGAACAGGAAUUUGUGAUGGAGAUACGUUUAAUGUAAGUGGCGGCCCAUCAGGAAGCUUUAUACUCUGCGGCCAAAAUAGUGGUCAACAUGUAUACUACGGAGUUGAAAGACGCGAAACCGAUAUUCCUACUCGUAAAAGGCUUCAGACUCAAAUGCUCGAAAAUAAUCACACAAUGACAAAAAGUUCUCUAAAUGAUGACGACAUAAUUGAAAUAACUAUGAAUUUUUCCAACCGGUUUUCGCCUAUACGAUUUUGGGAGAUACGUAUUGCACAAAUUCUAUUUAGUCAAAGAGCUCCUGCAAACUGCCUUCAAUAUUAUACUGGACAUGAAGGUGUCAUACAGACAUUUAACUUCGCUGACAAUGGCCGUCACCUAGCAAAUCAAGACUAUAAAUCUUGUAUUCGACAAGAAGAUAAAAUGUGUUCUAUAAUAUAUCAACCUUGUGAUGACCACUCAUUUAAAAUAGGUCCAUCAAAGCUAAAUACUCAACAACAGAAUAAUGUUAUAAUUGGAGAUUCUGUACCUGAUGAGACUCCUCAAGUCAAUUUUUCUACACAAAACUCAACAUUUUUCCAAGACCAACAAUCCUCGUAUACAAACUCCGUACAAACAGACAACCGGACAACUACGACUGUUACUCCUGCUUUAGCUGAUGCUGAGGGAUCAGGAGAAGAAAACUUACAAUUUACAACCACUGCAAAACCAUCGCGUGGAGGAUUUGAUAUUUUGUCAAUUUUUCGGAGCGCAUUUAGCUUUCGAAAAUUAGCUCGAUCUGCGACUACAAGACAAUUUUUUACUACAUGCAAUGAUCGGAUUACUAUGCCUUGCAUAAUCGAAGACUUUGUUGAUGUUGGAAUGGGUCCAUUGCCAGGGUGUGAGCCGGUUCAUUGUGGAAACCAGUUCUGCACGUCAAAUGUUAAACCUUGUCGUAUAGAGUCUACAGUAACACCUUUUUACUUGGGUGUGCACUUUGGAAAAGGAGUUGGUAAGGGAAGCGCGGAAGAAAACAUUGGAGCAUGCAUUCGGUAUACACAGGUCCAAUGUCUUUAAGCUGAAUAAUCUUAAUAAUUUAUUGUUUUAUGUUAUGAAAUAAAAAGAUUAUAAUGACUAAAAAUAAAAAAAAUUGAUAACGGCUAUUUUG